AUGUCGACAAACGUUAUACUUCUUUCCGUCAUAUUCUACAGCUUCAUACGGGUGGCUAUCACUGAAGAGGUUGAACGAUGCAGUUUGAACGAGGAACGCAAAGUGAACGAAUGCCUGCAGCCAAUGUUGGACUACGCUGCUAAACUACAAGCAGACACCGGUGCUGUACAGUUCCCCUUACAAGGAGGCGAAGUGUUCAGAAAGCUCUGUUCAAUAUACACGGAUUUCAAGAAUUGUGUCGCCUCAAUCACUUGCGACUCGUUGUCGGUGGAUGCGGUCGAUGCCAGCUACGGUUAUAUGUGUGGGGCUGGACAGCCCCUAUUCGAAGAGCAUGCAGCUUGCUUCGCUCGGGUUAGACCCACUUACUUAUUUCAAUUUGUUGAAUAUUAA